GUUGAGUACCCUGGACACUGCACAUAGUACUAGAGAUUUUGUAAGUAGCUCAUAACGAGCGGUCAUGGCGGAUAAAACACCACAAAACGGCGAAAAUGCGGACGCUGAAUGUCAGUUCAUUGAGGGAACUAAGCCAAAGCGGCCGUGGUCUCUCUGGCUGAAAGAUAGGCGAAUAGUCAUCGCGGUUCUAGUUAUCGCCCUGCUGGCAGCUAUUGGAAUUGGUAUCGGUAUCGGGUACGCCGCAAAAUCUUCCAAGAGCAGUAAAUCCUCGUCCACCAGUUCUAGUACAACUCACGGUCCAACCCCAGUGCCCGCCACGCCCAGUUCCCCUCCUCGACCUACCCCGGGUCCCGGAUCUGGAUACGGACCUUAUGCAAGUGGUGCCGUGGCUACAGAUGCAGGGAUGUGCUCAGAGAUCGGACGAGAUAUCCUGAAGAAGCAAGGAAGUGCGGUAGACGCGGCGAUCGCCAGCUCGUUCUGUAUUGGUGUGAUCAAUAUGCACUCUGCGGGGGUGGGCGGAGGAGGGUUUAUGCUGGUUUAUGAUAAGAGCUCGGACGUGUCCGAGACGAUGGACUACAGGGAAGAGGCACCAUCUGGCGCCUCACAAGACAUGUUCAAGAACAAGUCUUCACUUGUAGGUGGCCUCGCGACCGGCGUCCCAGGCGAAGUCAAGGGUCUGUAUGAAGCCUAUCGAAAGUAUGGCAAACUCCAAUGGAGAGAGCUCUUGCAACCGUCUAUAGACCUUGCAAGUAAAGGCUUCCCUCUGCCUCUUCCCGUCUACGAGGCCAUGGUCAGUGGCGAGGAGGCGCUGCGGGCGGACCCAGGACUUAGACAACUUCUGUUUAAUGGCGACAAGCUCAAACGUCUCGGCGAAAAGAUGACGAACCCGCAACUCGCCGUUACCCUCGAGAAAAUCCGCGACGACCCGCACAGCUUCUAUAACGGUUGCCUUGCCAACGAUAUUGUGAGAGACGUGAAGAAAGCAGGAGGGAUUAUUACUCUAAAGGACCUUGCGGCAUACUCGCCAAAAUGGAAGAAGGCACUUGCAAGUGAUGUUGGUGACCUGAACAUGUACACUACCCCACCCCCCUCUAGUGGGGCUGUCAUAACCAUGAUACUCAAUAUACUAAGAGGUUACAACAUGACAGCCGCUGACCGCUCUAGCGAUGCCCAGUCGGCUCUUACGUACCAUCGCAUCAUUGAAUCGUUCAAGUAUGCAUACGCAUGGCGCGCUAAGCUCGGGGAUCCGGACUUUUCCGACGCAGCUUAUGCCAAUAUCAACAAGGUUGUAGAGAACAUGACAGAUCCAAGCUUUGCGGAGCGCAUAAGGCAAAGAAUCCUUGACGACAAGACUUUCUUCAAUAUGGACCACUACGGGCAAUACUAUGCCGGCACAGGUCCCGAGGGAACGUCUCAUUUAUCGGUGCUGGCACCCAACGGGGACGCGGUGUCUUUGACUACUACUGUCAACUGGAGGUUCGGUGCCAAGUAUCGUUCGCCUGCGACAGGGAUAAUUUACAACAACCAGAUGGAUGACUUCUCCACGCCAGGACAACCCAAUGGUUUUGGUGUCGCUCCGUCGCCUAGCAACUACAUUCGUCCAGGCAAGCGGCCCAUGUCGUCCAUCAGCCCCGUCAUUUUUACCAAGAACGGGACAGUGUAUCUUAUCGCGGGCGCGUCUGGAGGAACUCGUAUUACCACGGCUACAGCCCUAGUGGUGAUGAACAAGUUGUGGUUCGGCCGAGAGUUGAAUGACGCGGUGAGCGAUCCCCGCGUGCAUAACCAGAUGUCCAACACUACGUACGAGACCAAGGAGAAGCAGUACACUCUACCUCAAACCAUCCGUGACGGGCUGAUAGCCCGUGGCAACCAACUCAAGGGGUAUCACGGGUUCGCUGUGGUUCAGGCCAUAGAAAAGCGUAACACACCAGGGAAGAGCAUCUACGCGCAGUCUGACCCUAGGAAGUAUGCCUGGGCUGCUGGCUUGUAAUCUGCUCUAUGUGCAUUAUGGGAAGGGUACUUAGGCUGACUAAAACCUUCGUAACACUUUUCUAUUUAUUUGAUGAUAAGAGCAGAUUUCUUUGUAUGAUCGGAAAAUAAGACAGCCUGCAAUCGCGCUUUUGGUGAACUGGCGUUACGUAUCAUAGCGUGACAUGCCUGUUUGACAUGCCUGUCUAGAAGUAACCUUUAUAGCGUGCCGGCCUGGUGUAACGUGUAUGGCGUGAAGUACAUUGCUUGACGUGCCUCCGCGUGACGUGAAUAGCGUGACGUCGUUGCGUGACGUUUUUAGUGUGACGCGCUUUCGUGUAACAUGUCUGGCGUGACUUCUCUUUGCGUGACAUUUCUAGCGUUACGUGCCUUCGAGUAACGUGAAAGCGUACCUUCUACUCUCGCGAAAUAAAGGUGUUGUUUUAUAAACAA